AUGGCUGUGCCAGAUGGGCCAGUGAAAACUGCUCAUCUACCUCCUGUAUUCACUCCUCCUGUCCAAUUCACUGUCCAUCCCACUCGACCCCCUGCUCGACCUACUAUCCAACCUCUUGCCCAACCACCCCCUGACCAACCUAGUCCUGUCCAAUCUAGUCCUGUUCAAUUCACUCUCCAUCACACUGCUCCCCCUGCUCAACCUACUAUCCAAUCUCCUGCCCAACCCACUAUCCAACCCCCCUAA